AUGCGCUCCAUCUCAACCGAUUUUUUCACCGGCACCCAUCAACGCAUCUCAACCAUAUCCAAGAUCAAGUUUCAUGAAGGGCUUGUAUCACUGGCGACUACUCCCAAUGCCGAUUUCGCAACACUAUGCCUGGCUAUUCUGCUCAUCCAGGAAAUGCCGGUAGGCAAGGGAACAGUUGUUCAAUCCCCCCUGUAUGCCACAGUCAAGAGCUUCAUCAAUAUGCUGGAGGCGUCUAAUGACAUCUCUCUUGACCUGGCUCAUUGCAGAGUCCUUGUGACAUUCUACGAGAUGGGCCACGGUCUUCAUACUGCAGCUUACUUAUCCGUUGCCGGGUCUGCGAGACUGGCACGAACUUUGGGUCUCCACCGAAAACCCUGGCGUUCAUUGAAUGCCGAUGAUGGUAAAAUCAUGUUGGAGGAGAAGAAAAGAGUAUGGUGGGCUAUAGGAAACAUGGACCGAUUUAUCAGCUUAUGUUUAGGAGAUGCUCAUUUUGCGACAAAUGACUCAGAGAGACGGGAUCCGCUUCCCAUUGAGGAUCUAUUAUGGUCGGAGAUUUCAGAUAUGGCAGAAAUCGAGCAUGUCAUUUCCAGCGCACCUUCGCUUGACACACCUUUUGAUGUCCGGGUCGGUCAGAUGGCAAGAGAAUGUCAAAUAUCUCAUCUCGCAGGCCGGGUUGUCCGGCAUGUUUUUGAUCCUCUUCCAGAUCAAGACUUCAAUGUCGAGGAAGGCCUUCAGCUCGAACGCACUCUAAAAGCCUAUUUACCGCUACUGGCCAACGAAGAAUUGGAAAUAGGCAAGUACUGUGGUGCAUUCGGGGUGUGCAAUAGUGCUCUCUUUGUGCUGUAUGAGUUCAUGCUAAGCCAUUGUCAUGGCGACUCUGUCGAGAGAGACAGGAUCGUACAAUCUAUUAACGAGAUUUCGAUACGCGUUAUCAUCUUUGCGGAAGCGACACACCGCGACAGGGAGGUGAACUACCCCAUAGAAACACAAUCGCCCUACCUCAUUUACUCCUUGUAUCAGGCAGCCGUUGUGCAGAGUCGCCUCUGGAAGCAAGAGAAUGAUCCUCAAUGCAAGCGUAACCUCGAGUCUCUCAACGACAUUCUCCAUGCUUUCACCAAUAGAUGGAUGAUAACAUGGCAAUAUCUUGAUAUCCUGGAGAACAUCAACGAUCGUUGGUCGCCUAUCGUUCUUCCUUUCCAAGGGGUCUUCAUAAGUUCUGGUCAACCGACCAUCACGUCCUAA